GGCGCGCGCGCGGGAGUCAGUGCAGAGUUGAUCAGAGACGGACACGAUUAGAACUGAGCUGUUUUCACUUAUUUUAUUAAACCACUUCGUUUGUUUCACCCUUUGAGCUGAAGGACAGUAAGUAUUGCUUUGCAUUCAUGGAGGCCACUGAGGGAUCAUGGGAUGCCUCCUCCGUCUACAUCAUCUCAGAUCUGGUCUCCUGCAUCAACCAGACCAACAGCACCAACUCCAGCACAGCAGGGGGCGACGUCCUGUUCCCUUACUACCAGCACUCUCUGCCGACGGCCGCGCUCUUCACGCUGGCGUAUCUCUUCAUCUUCCUGCUGUGUCUGAUGGGGAACGCUCUGGUCUGUGUGAUAGUCCUGAGGAACCGGCACAUGAGAACCGUCACCAACAUCUUCAUCCUGAAUCUGGCCGUCAGCGACCUGCUGGUCGGGAUCUUCUGCAUUCCCACCACGCUAGUGGACAACCUCAUCACAGGUUGGCCUUUCAGCAACACGAUAUGCAAACUGAGUGGACUUGUGCAAGGGACGUCCGUCUGUGCCUCCGUUUUCACAUUGGUUGCCAUUGCUGUGGACAGGUUUCGCUGCAUCGUUUACCCGUUCAAGCCCAAACUUACGCUCUUUGUGGCAAAGGUGUCUAUAGGGAUGAUAUGGGUGCUGGCUCUCACCAUAAUGUUUCCCUCCGUGUUAAUGUUAACCGUCCAGCAAGAGAAAGGGCACGUCAUGGUUCACGGUGACAACAGCACAUACCCGCUGUACUCCUGCUACGAGACCUGGCCCGACCCAGAGAUGAGGAAGGUGUACACCACCGUCCUGUUCCUGCACGUAUACGUCAUUCCCCUGGCGCUCAUCAUGCUCAUGUACGGCCGGAUCGGAGCAAAGCUGUACGCUACAGCCGUCCUGACCCGAGCCGAGCAGCCCGAUGUCCCCGCGUCUCACAGAAAGAUCCGGGUCAUUAAGAUGCUGAUGGUGGUGGCUGUGCUCUUCAUGCUGUCCUGGCUGCCGCUGUGGACGCUCAUGCUGCUGACCGAUUACGCCCGUCCAGACGAGGACAGUCUGGAGCUCCUCACUAGCUAUGUGUUCCCUCUCUCUCACUGGCUGGCCUUCUCCAAUUCCAGCGUCAACCCUAUUAUCUACGGCUACUUCAACGAGAACUUCAAGAGAGGCUUCCAGGCCGCGUGUCAGCAUCAGGUUUGUUGCUGGAGCCGAGAGAAGACGAGAUUCAGCGUCAAACGACCCAGAGCUGGAAGCCCUUUGAAUACGGCUGCUAGCGGACACCCGCUCAGCUUAGGCUCGAGAACCAACCGGAUCUUCACCGAAAGUGACCUGACGGGAUGUGUUCGUCUGGAGCUGGAGCACCGCAGGAGCUCGAUGGACACCAAGGGCUCUUCAGCCGAAGGGGGAAACAGCAGCACGUCUACAAAAAGAGAAGUUCACUUUGAGAUUGAGAAGGUGUCUUCAGCAGGAGGGAAAAUAUACAGCGCCUGGGAGCUUUGAAACCUCAGGAGACUGAUGGAUGAGCUAGAGACAUUUAUUGGUGCUUGGUAUUUCGGUUCUCAAUUUCUUAGUCACGCUUUAAGCUCUGGAAGCUGCUUCAUGUGGAGCCCUAUGAUUUCUGCAGUGUGGAUGUAAUCAGAAAAUACAGUCAUAAAGACAUAAUUUACUGUAUAACGCGGAUUUAUCAAA